GAGCACACGGAUGCGCACAUGCGUUGCCACAGCAGCGGACGUACGCGUGACGCAGGCGCGGGCUCCACACACACUCUCUCCGGUAGCACAACAAUACACGCUCUCGCCGCUCCCCCUCCUCCUUACGCCUCGCUCUCGGUAUGGCGGACGGCGAGCGGUCCCCGUUGCUCUCGGAUCUCGGCGAUGGAGCUUUGGGCAGUGGUAACGGCGGGAUGUCUCCCGGGGUGGCUUCACACGGUGCUCCCAACAAACCGCAGAGUUUUCCUCCGUUCCCGAGCUCGACUCAGCCUCCUGUGUUGAUGAGCGAGAACCCUCCUCCAUAUUCCCCGCUGACGUCUCCAGAAAGUGGAAGUGCUCCGGUCAUCAGCUGUAGGGUGUGCCAGUCGCUCAUCAGCGUCGAGGGCAAAAUUCACCAACAUGUGGUCAAGUGUGGAGUCUGCAACGAAGCUACACCCAUAAAGAAUGCCCCCGCAGGGAAGAAAUAUGUGCGGUGUCCUUGUAACUGUCUUCUCAUCUGCAAGGUCACAUCCCAAAGGAUCGCCUGCCCUCGGCCUUAUUGUAAGAGGAUCAUAAAUUUGGGGCCAGUCCAUCCGGGUCCAGCCAGUCCAGAACCACAACCGUCUGGAGCUAGAGUUUCCUGCGGACACUGCAGCAACACUUUCCUGUGGACUGAAUUUACUGACAGGACGCUGGCUCGAUGCCCCCAUUGCAGAAAAGUAUCUUCAAUUGGCCAGAGAUAUCCGAGGAGGCGGAGUCUGUGGUGUUACCUGCUGUGCUUGCUAUUUAGCAUCACAGCUGCUGGUCUGAUUGCAGGGACGUGGUCCCAGGCGCGUGUGUACGGCGGUAUUUAUGCCUCCUGGGCGGCGGUGUUGUUACUGGUGGUGUUGACGCUGGUCAGGGGACUUUACUGGAGCUGCAUGAGGGUCAGCCAACCUCUUCACAACCUCACAUAGAGAGAGAGAGAGACACGGCAAGAGAGGGGGGCCGAGAUUAGGGCUGGUGGGAAAAAAUAAAGUCCACAGUAAAGGGGUAGAGAGAAUCAUGGUUAACUCUUAAAGCUUGAUUGUAAAGGCUGUAAUGAAAGGUCAAAGUAAAAUCCAGGCUUGAGAAACACGUUGGAAAAAAAGCUAUUAUGGCAAAGAAGAUUAGUGUUUUAAACUUAUUUUUAUUCAGAAGCUUUCUUUGGAUGUGUUUUCAUCCGUGAAUAGAAACGGACUUGUUAUUCAUGGUUACAUGCAAACGAGAUUAUAAUUUCAAAUGCUCCCUCAGUUUUAACCAUUUACAGACAUAAAGAUUAUGCCACAUACUCUCAAAACACACAUAACUCAAUCUGUACAUCUUAAAUGAACUACACUACAAUAGAGAAGACACCAAUUCAACCACAUUCAAACCUUCGACAAAACAUUCACUGCUUCUCUAGUGUCCAAAUACAUUCAGAAGCCUUACAAAGAGAGGAAGUACAGGUGGAUCUCCACUAGAGGGUGUUCCAAAACCACACACACACACACACACAUACACACACCUGUUCAAACACUGCGAUUUCAAAUAAUUUUGACCAGAACAUGAUUAACAAAUGCGCAAAACCAUUGUGUAUCUGAUUUUUCAUAAACACUUCAAGUGUAUAAUUGCGCUCAAACACUCUUGUCUCCCUCUUUAUCUUUAGUUGUAAAUGUUAAAAAUGGUAUUUUUUUACAAUUGUGAAUUUUGUUUAUAAAUAUUUGUUGUUUAUUUCAUGAAUGUCUGAAUCGUUGCACUGUAGCUGUAACACGCUGUGAUUCCUUUUUUAUGUUUUGAUUUAAUUUGCAAAAUCACUACUGAAAAAUCACUACUGAUAAUGUUUUGACUGGAACAAAUAUUGAUAUUACAGCCAUGCAUACCUUCAGAAUCAGAAUAGAAAAGCGAUGAAGGCCAGUUGUGUUUCAUGGACUUUAUCAAAAGGGUCAUUUACCUUUCUUCUCAUGUUCAUGUGAAGUUAAUCCUCAUUUUCAGGUACUGUACGUUUGAUUAUGUUCGAACCCUGAUUAAGUGAUACUAAUGAGAUUAAUCAGACACUAGAUUUGGAUUCUACACUCCGAAUUCAGAGUCAGUUGGUUUGUGUUUGUAAAGAUGGGAAAAUACAAUUAAGAUGCUGUUCUCAUCGCCAAUGUUCUUGAAUUAUAUUCCUCAUAAAUAUGCUAAAUACAUAUGGUCCUAACUGCAAAUCUGGAAUUCAGAAUCUGUAUUCUGUCCGUAAGAGAACAUGUCAGGUCUGGAAUCCCAAACAAGAGGUCAGGAUGUUAUUUAUAUAGAGCAGAAGGCCAAUGAUGGAGGUCUCCUCUGAAUUUGUUUACAUAUGAGAUUAAAAUUACACGUAAUUAAAAUGAUGAUGAAGUAAUAAAACAGUAAAAACA